AUGUCCCCAGAUAUCCUCGAUCCUUCUGCGUUGCUACAAUCUCUGCCUAGUCUACUGCCCGAAAACAAACAGCUUGGCUCUCAGUACGAUGCUAUCGCCGUACUCUUACACACCGCUAUGAUUGCUCUUGGUUUCCGUCUCAUUGCUGUAGAUGAUUCUUCCUCUGCUACUUCUUACGACAACAAUGUACUACCGUCUCAAUGGAACAGUCAUGCACCCAACUAUACCUUCCGUUACCGUCAUGAGCAGAGUAGCCUUGAGUUUGUCUUGAAGUUGGCCAAGCUCGGCAAGCGUACCAUCAUCAAUGCCAUCGCUGUCGAGAGCGAGAAAGUCGCGACCCUGGACAUCUCCACGGACGACUUUACGUCGCCCUCAUUCUUUCCCUACUCGCAGGAAACGACCGCGCCACUCGUGCACGGCUUCAUCUCCUCGAAUCGCGUCACAGACCUUAUCUCCCAAUUCAAGCUUAAGAUCGUGCAAGCGCUUAUUCCCGGCCUCAACAAACUGGGCUACGCGGAGGAACCAGCUCAGCCUUCCAGUAGCAAUCGCCAACAGCAACAACAGCGCCCCCCUGCAGCUCAACCUCGACCCGUAUCGCCGCCCUUUAACCCCGGGCAGCCACCUUCGAUCCCCCAGCCUCUGCCUGGUAAUCCGCUCGAGAUCGGCCGCCGCGACCGUGAUCCUAUGGGCGGAUACGUUAACCCUUUCGCGCCUCCACCGAUGUUCCCCGGUGCAGGUGGCGACGGGAUGUUCGUCGGACCCAACCACCCAAUCUUUGGCAACCGCGGUCCCGGUGGUGUAGGAGGUGUCCCUAUGCCUGGGCGAGGCCCCUGGGGAGGUGACGGAUUCUUACCGCCCAUGGGCGCUCCGCCUGGUGCCAGAUUCGAUCCUGUCGGCCCGUUCGGUUCUACGAGCCCGUUCCCGCGUGGUGGGCUACCGAGGGGAGCGCAAGCGGGGGAACCGGAUAACGAUGAAUUCUUGCCGCCGGGUAACAACCAUGAUGAUAUGUAUAUGUAG